UGUCUCCUGAACCAUCCAAAGCAAACAAAAUGAUCUCCGCCAAUUCUAUACCCCAACUCUUCACAGUUCUGAUCCUCUUCCUUAUACACGUGACGAAAGCAAUGUUCAGGAAUAUCCACAAAAAUGGAAGAUCAGCGCCACGACUUCCCCCCGGUCCUGCCCCGUGGCCCAUCAUUGGCUGUGUGCCCGAAAUGCUGACCCAAAAGCCAACAUUCCGGUGGAUACAUAGCGUCAUGAAGGAGACGGACACUGACAUUGCAUGUAUUCGGCUCGGCAAUGUUCACAUCAUCCCCGUUACAUGCCCCGAAAUCGCCAGAGAAUUCCUCAAGAAGCAUGAUGCAACAUUUUCGUCAAGGCCUACUUCAAUGGCGACACGAACGUAUAGUGGCGGAUACCUCACAACCAUCCUAAGUCCUUAUGGUGACCAAUGGAUGAAAAUGAGGAGAGUUAUAGUUUAAAUUAUUUCCCCCGCAAGGCAUCAUUGGUUGAAGGAUAAAAGAACCGAGGAAGCAGACAACUUGGUCAAGUACAUUUACAAUCGAAGCAAAAAGCUCAAGCAGAAUGUAAAUGUGAGGACCGCCGCUAGACAAUAUACUGGAAACGUGAUCCGGAAGUUAAUGUUUAGUAAAAGAUACUUCGGAGAGGAAAGGGCGGACGGCGAACCAACCAUUGCUGAGGAAGAACAUGUUGGGGCGAUAUUUACUAUACUGAAGUAUUUAUAUGCAUUUUGCAUAUCUGACUAUUUACCUUGGUUGGUAGGACUUGAUUUAGAUGGUCAUGAGAAGUUUGUUAAAGAGGCCGUCAGCACUGUAAACAACUAUCAUGACCCCAUAAUUGAUGCAAGGAUCGGAAAAUGGAGGAGGUUCGGCAAUUUGAACGAGAAAUCUACCAGCAAUGAUCCUCAUGAUUUGCUCGAUGUUCUGGUUACGCUCAAGGAUUCAGAGGGAAAGCCACUACUUACACCUGAAGAAAUCAAAGCACAAGUAACGGAAAUGAUGUUCGCCACUGUCGACAAUCCCUCAAACGCAGUUGAAUGGGCCAUGGCUGAGAUGAUAAACCAACCUGAAAUCCUCAAGAUAGCGAAGGAGGAAUUGGACAGGGUCGUUGGUAAAGAGAGAUUAGUUCAGGAAUGUGACAUCCCACAUCUUAAUUAUAUCAAAGCAUGCAUUCGAGAAGCCUUCAGGCUCCAUCCAAUCGCACCUUUCAACCCUCCACACAUGGCCAUGUCUGAUGCCAUUGUCGCCGGCUACUUCAUCCCAAAGGGAAGUCACGUGCUACUGAGCCGUUUUGGCCUUGGGCGAAACCCUAAGGUAAUAGUAAGUGCAGUGAUAGCGAUCCACAUCGUCACCAUCUGGGUCCACAUCCACCUCCUUCUUUUAAUAGGGAGUCCACUGACCACAAGCAGAAUUAUGCUCAGUGAAGAAAGAAAUGCAAGCGUGUUGAAGAUCAUGAACUGCCCAUAUGCCUUCGGGAGAGCGGUGGCCAUCACGGCCAUUCCCACAUGGUGUGAUUUCUCCGUGCCAUUCUUUGCAGGGUCUGCUGUAAAGUCAUCCUGCCAGAAGCCUCCAGGUGGGGAUAGCGUGGCUUGGAAUGCCACCGUCGCAAUGAGUGAAGCCACCACGAUCAGGGCACUUCUUUUUCUGCCCAGCCAAUCUGUCUGUUUGCGAGCCUUAACCGGUGGCUUAAUAUCACUGUUCUGUUUGAUAUAA